GAGAACAGGCACGAUUAACACACAGAUGUGCGUGUUUUAAAGGUUUAUUUUUAAUCAUUAGUUGAUUUCAUGUGAGACUUAAUGUAAAAGAUAAACUUUAAAAGACUAAGAAAAAAAGGGUUUGGGGUCGUUGGGUUUGAAGAGAAGUGAUCCUAGCAGGCCUCCGUACCCCAUUCCUUAUCUCUGCAUGAGGCCAGCAGCUUGAGGCCACACUGUCCCCCUCCUGUCAUAACACACCUGAAAAAGUUGCACUGUGGGUGACGUAGGCUUCAGCGUUCGUCAAGGGAGGUGAAGAUUUUCUAUCGUUCUGCUGCAUCCACUUUUUUGACCAGCCACUGCGACAGUUUUAAGCAAGGACGUGUGGACUAAAUAGAAAUGCAGUGGCCUCCGUUCACUGAUGAAAAUCCAAAACUAACAAGGAGCAAAUUACCAAGACGGGCCCAACAGCUAUAAUCUGUAGCCUAAGGGAACUUUAAGGUGGUGUAGUCAAGUGGACUGGCACUUAAACAGUUUAGUUUUUGACCAGUCAAUAUAUGUAGAUAAACCAGUCUACCCAAAUAUGACAGACACUCCGAUUAUCAGUGAUUUUUCACUUAAAAAAAAGAGCUGACCUUUCUGGAGUCAUGAAAUAAGAAAAAGAAAAUCAGAUUGGAAUUAUAUAAUUUUCAAGUGGUUUGGAGACGUUGUGUGGCAGGAGUUCAAAGAGCUCAGAGAGAGGUGGCUGCGAGCCCCGAGAGCCUCAGCGGCGGCUGGAGAGCAGCUGGGGACGAGGAGGGGACUGGAGAGGGGGGCUGGAGGCAGCCGUCAUCAGCCGAGCUCAGAGUGAGUGUCAGCUGGCUGAGCAGAGCAUGGUGGCAGAGCAGAGCAGAGCAGCAGGACAGGGUGUUGCUGCUGGGCUUUGGCCGGGACAGUCAGAUGAGCCAAACUGUUCAGAUUAAGCACCUGACCCCUCAAAGUGCAGAAAUGUUCGACAACUCUCAUUACCCCUUCAACUGCUUCAACUACGAUGGAGACGGAUACCCUUCCUCCAGCACCGACGAAGAGAAGAAGAUGUGCAGACCUGCGUACAGCUACAUCGCCCUGAUAGCCAUGGCCAUCCAGCAGAGCCCCGAGCAGCGGGUCACCCUGUCGGGCAUCUACGAGUUCAUCAUGAAGCGGUUCCCCUACUACCGGUCCAACCAGAGAGCCUGGCAGAACUCCAUCAGACACAACCUGUCUCUCAACAGUUGCUUCAUCAAGGUUCCUCGGACAGAGGGCAAUGAGAAAGGAAAGGGAAACUACUGGACUUUUGCCACAGGCUGCGAAUCCAUGCUCGACCUGUUCGAGAACGGCAACUUCCGUCGUCGCCGACGCCGCAGGACCAUGAAAAUUGGCCUCCGCGACUCAGGAGAAACCCCUUUCCACCCUUUGGAGACCCACAGCAAUCAGCGCCUGCCCUCAGCCCGGCGCCCUGAGCCCGACUCCACCCUCUGCCCUUUGAACCCCGAGAGGCCGAGGCCCGGUCCCCAACAAAACCACCUCAUCCCCAACCCCACGCAGCAGGGCAAGCCGGAGUCAGAGAUCAAGUUUAGCAUUGACUACAUCCUGUCCACUCCGGAUCCCCCCCUGCCUGGGUUCAGAUCCGCACACGGGCCCGUACACAUAGGGCCAGCGGGACCACCGAUUCACGUCCUAGAGCCGCAGCACCUGAACCUGCACUUCUGGACUCUGUGAGAGGAGACGCUAGCGGAGACUCUGGGACCUGGGAACUAUAAGGACGUCCAAAGACAAGAAUUCCACAAGGAGGAAUUUUGCUUGACAUGAAAAAGUAACAAAAUAAAGAGGUACAGUAUUAUAUGGUGGAUUCUAAACGGAACAAAAAAAAUGCUUAAGAGAAGCAUUUUACUGUCAAUUCAUCCAAAAGAUAAAAUGUCAACAGAGAAAUUCAGUUUUGAAGCGUUUUAUCAUUUUGUCAUUAUGCUGUUCGUGCGGUGUCUAGUGCUGACAUAGACUAGGUUUACAGUUUUCUCUAGAUGUAUAUACACAGCACAGCUAAGAUGUGUUUAUGAAAAACCAGGAUGUGUUGCAAUUAUUAGAUUAUCCCCAAAUCAGAAGAUGAGAUGAUUUUCUUCAUAAAAGAAAAGAAACAUUCGGAAUUGUGUGGUUUUCCUUUAAUUCCUGUAAAAAAAAAAAUCACCCCGUUGAUACGUUUCAAAUAUAUAUGUGGUUAAAUCACCUUUUACCUUUAAAAAAAAAAAUCAUCAUCUACUGCAAACAAAAACAUUUAAUUCAAAAUCAUUUCAUUUUUUUUCUAAUAUCUGAGUGAAGCAGCACUAAGCAAAAGCAGGAUUCUGCCUCGAAAGGGACGUAAUAUUGUCAACAGAAAGAAAUGGAAACGAUCUCGGCCUGUAUUUUAGCCCGACAGCUGUCAUUCAAAAGAAAAACUGUACAAAUUGCUCAGACUACUUGUAUUAGGAGAGAGAAACUCAUAUCAAAUGCAAAUCUCUUUUCUUCAGUAACAGGCAACAUCGUUAUCUGUGACUGAUCACAUUAAAAAAUGAAAAGAAGACAAAAAUGAGCAAAUUUUUAAAUAAUAGAUUGACCAUUUCAUGUAUUUACUACCGUUUUAGGAUACUGCGCAUACUGUUCUUCCAAAUCUAAACUAUACGUACCAACUAAUUACCCUCUCUUGACAGUACACUAGUGUACUGUAUAAAAAUAAAUGAAUUCUCACAGUCCUGCGCUAAAUCUCGUCUUCAUGAAGAUUAUAUAGUAUUCAUCGUUUGUUUAACACACC